UCUCAUAUCAAAUUUCUUAUGCGAUUAAGAAAUUUGAGGGAUCUCGAAGAGGAAAGCCAGAAUCAAGGUGAAGAAUAAGUCCAAGUGACUUAAUAAAUCAAAAGGGAGCAGAUAGUGAGAGGCAAACAGUUUUUUUUUUUCAAAGUCUGAAAAGGUGCGAAAGGGCAAAAAAGUGGUUGAGUUUACACCGAUAACAACAAAAUCGUUGCCGCAAAUGGGCCUUGCAGCACCUCGCAAAAAAACCAAGAUAUCCCACGACCCCAAUAAUACAAACUGGGCACGGUCAACAAGUGGUUUUGGGCAUAGAAUCCUCAGCUCCCAGGGAUGGACACCCGGGAGCUUUCUGGGCGCACAAAAUGCCGCACACUCCGAUAUGUUCACCGCUGCAAGUGCAUCACACAUUAGGGUGAUCAUGAAGGAUGAUACACUUGGACUUGGGGCGCGGUCUAAGCGAGAUCCUCUAAACGAGCCUACCGGUCAUGAUGCAUUCAAAGGAUUACUCGGUCGGUUAAAUGGCAAAUCCGAUGCAGAUUUAGAAAUUGAUCGUCAGAAGCGAGACAACGCAAAGUUAGCCCGUUAUGCUGCAACAAAAUGGCAAGCAGUCACCUUUAUAAGCGGUGGCUUAUUGUCCCAAGAAAAGAUUGAUCCAAUUGUCAAGAGUGAUGCGCAAAGCACCCAGAAAGUUCACAAGAAAGACAAGUCAUCUGGCAUUGAUUCUGGUCGCAGGGAAAUACCUAUGGCCACGACUAAGUAUGCUGAUGAUACAAAGCAAAAGAAGAGUAGUUUUCAAGAUGAAAACACUGUGAACACAAUCAAGUCAAAGGAUCGUCGUGAGAAGAAAGCUAAAAAGAGAAAACACAUUGAAGGAGAAAGCAUACCAUCUAUCAAUAAUCCUGACGAAACAUUCAUGUCUACUGCGAAGCCUUCCAGGGAACGUCGCCCCAUGGGGAGAAAUGUUUUUAGGGGUCGACAUAUCGCGCAAAAGAAGAAGUCUCUUAUGGACGAGAAGUCCCUCAAUGAGAUAUUUAUGAUCAGGUCUUAGUGCUGCUUACAACUUACAAGUAAUAUUAGUUGUCUAGAAGUGAUUGCAUCCUACUUCCGGUCAUCCUAAUAUCCAUUAAUGGCGAUCCAUGUGAAUUGGGUUUAAAGCGUUGACAAACUAGCAUGCCUGGAUUGGUGAAGUCUGGUUGGUGUCUUCUUUGGCGUUGUUAUAUCAUAGGGACUUAUCUUGAUUAAAUGAUAUUUGUUUUGUCUCUUUCUC